UCCUAAUGACUUCACUUUUCUAAUACACUAAAAACGGUUUGAUUCAUGACGACUUUGCUUUCUUAUUUUUAAAAAAAAGGAAACUGACCUGUAUCAUGGUGACUUCACUUGUAAUGUCAUUCUCACUCUUAAUGACUUCACCUUGUUUUACAAAAAAAAAAAAAAACAAGAAAAGGUCCAAGAGGAAAUAAGAAGGAGUUCUAAAACUCUCACACAAGUCACACACUUCGAGGAAGGUAGUAGGAUUGUCAACCAAUUCUACCAACCUCCUUCACCUAGAAGGCAUGGGAGGUGUUCUUGUCGACGUUGGUCCAAUUAAUAACCGAGUAUAAGUCUAGAAAGAGCAGAAAUUGUGAUGUCUCCUGUCUUCUUCCCUUUCUCUUUUUAUAUUAGUUAGUAUGCUAGUCCUUAGCACGACUAUCCGGGGAAUCUGGGCCGUGGCGAGAAGGUUGCGCUUCCUGGGGGAUAGCUUCCCGUUGGGGGUAUCUUUUCGUUAAUUCCGCCCUUUGAGGGGUCAUUUUCCAAGCCUCAUGCUCUACAGUACUAAUGAGCUGUUAAUUGCGCUUGGGCUGUCUAGAAAGGGCUUCAUGGUCGGGUCAAACUCAGGCGCGCCUGGGUUGUGCACUAACCCUCCAACCUCAUGGACAGUUAACUUGGCGAGGAGAUCGUCUUGUUCCCCCUGGCGCGCACGAUCUUCGAUUGCUCAAACAUCACCAAUAACAAAGUGCCACGUGGGCCAUGUUUCAGAACAUUUCAACUUCCUAAAAAUUCAGGUUUUCCCUCUUAAACCUGUCCUUUCAUUACCAUCUUGUCUUUUCAUCUCUCGUCACGCGAUAUCGGCAUAUAUCCACUUCUAUCCUUUGCUGAUUUCGUGGCCAUUACUCGCAUCAUUCUUCUCUAGCCUCCUUCGAGACUGCCUUAAAUGGUGUUUUCCCGUAGGAUCGUUGCGUCUUCCAAGAGAGUCUAGGAUGGGUAUGUCCAAACAGGAUCUUGCUAGGCGUUUGAAGAGUAUUCGAGCCCUUGUACCUCAACCUACUGUGGUGGAGGCUCUCACCUGAGUUGCGGAUGCCAUGCUGGUACCAUCUGAUGAUGGAGAGACAAUAUCAGAAUCCGAGUUGAAACGCCGGAGAAGGGGAUCGAUGGCCUGUGGUGAAGUUGAGAUGGUCGCGACGUCCUCACAUUCUCGCCCCGAGCAUGCUCUUUCUUCCACAGGACAGCUGCCUUUGGAAGGUUCGAGUAGCAUAUGCCAAAGCUUCUGGGAUUCGUCGUAUCGUCAUGUGGCACAUAAUCUAGCUCACAACAUUUUUUAGGAUGAUCUCCGGUGUUUGCUCAAUCAGGAUGUGUCAUCGAUCCAAGAGAACAUAUGCGCCUUUCUCCAUAAAGUCGAGGUGUCUUCGAUAUCCUUGUGUGAAAAAAUGAACCGCCUAAGUCUUGUUGAAGAGAAAAAGGACAAGGAGAUCGCCACCAUAAAGCUAGAAGUAUCUCGACUGACUUCCGAGCUUGCUGAUAUGGAAAAGUUGAGGAAAGGCCUCAAGGAACAGGAAGUGAGGUCUACUGAACUCGAGAUCGCUCUCAAGGAGGCUACCGAGAAAGCGACCAGUCUUGAGGGAGAUCUCCGCCGACUGGGGUAAAGGCUGAAGAAAAGUAGAAAGUAUGGAAGGAGCAGAAGGAGAAACUGGCAAACGAGGCUGCUACAACGUAUGGAAUAGGAUUCGAGGCAGCCUUGGAGCAGGUCCGCUUCCUAUGUCCUUCCGCUGAUCUUUCUGGUGGGGAUGCUAAAAAAGUCGUCAUUGACGAGGACUUGGUCGAUGGGUGAUGCUGGUUUUUUAGAUUUGAUGUUUCCUUCUUCGUAUAUUGAAAAACAAUACUUUGUAUAAUUUAAGAUUCUGAACUUGAAAUGAGGUCGUACCUGUGGAUGUUUUUAUGCUCGUAUUUGUGAUGUCGCGUGCUUUGACCUUUCGUUUGAAAUAUUUUCUUUUACUUAGUUGACUGGUCUUACGA